AAAUUGCGACUAUGAAUUUUCCUGUAUUUUUGGUUCAAAAUAUUAAAACUUAAACUGCUUCUUUUAAUUUCUUUUCAUCUUCACGAAUAACGAAAAGAAAAUUUUUAUAGAAACAAAUUCUUUGACAAUAAAAUUGUAGAAGGACCAUUAAAUAGUUUCAUAUCUCUGCUCUGUGUAUUACAAUACCACAAUACUUCAGUGAUCGCUGUCCAGAUAGACGAAUAGUUUGUUUUUUUAAACAAGUUUUAAUACAAUUAUUGCAUUUUGUAAAAAUGUCAAAUGUAAUUUUGAGUCCUUCAGCACGUGCAAAAACAAAAACCAUUGAAGCAGCAAAUAAAAUUAAGCAUGGGUCUCCUAAAUUGCAAGAAGUAUUAAGAAAGAGAUGUCGUGAACGAUUACGUGAAAAACGAGGACAACUAUUCAAUGGACGUAGACUAGGACUUGAUUCUUCUGCAGGUGAUGUACAAGAAACUUUAUCAGGUAUCGUUCGCAAAGAAUUCGAAGAAAUUAUUUCAACCGACUGGGAUGAAGAUCAAACGGAAUUGAAGAACAUUUUUGAGAGUUUACUUGAAUUAGAAGAAACUAUCUCUAUGGAAGAUGAAAUUAUGGCUAUAGAAGAACAAUGGAUUGUUGAAGAAUACAAUAGAGAAUUAGAAAAAGAAGAAGGAGAACGUCUAUCGCAGGAUGUUGUUUUUUGUCCCAUUUGUCAAAAAACUGCACUACAAAAAUCUUCCGGUUUUAUCAAAUGCGAUAGUUGCUUUAUUCAAUUUUCAACUGAAAUGAAUCUUGAAGAUUUUCAAAAGAAAAUGCUCAAUUUUGCAAAUGAUCAUAUGUUAAAAUGUAAUAAGCGACCAGUUUUCACAGUUAUGCCAUAUAAUGACAUUGCUGAACUUUAUCUCGCCUGUGAGUCUUGUGAUAGCUUCAUUUCAAUUGAUCUCUAACUUUAAAAAAAGAAAUAUUACUACCAUAGACAAAUUGCUUAACAAUUCAGGAAAAUUUUUUUAUAAACCAAACUUGCGACUUUAGUUAUAACUGUUUAUU